AGCAAUCUCAUCAAUCGCCUGCUCUCCAUUACGCCUUUGCUGUUCCAUUUUCCUCUUCUGCCGUCCUCCUCCCUCUUCUAAACUUGGCGAAUUUGCUUCCACCUCAACAAUAUGGCCUCCGGCUACGAUCGCGCUCUGUCAGUUUUCAGUCCCGAUGGUCACGUCUUCCAGGUUGAAUAUGCUUUGGAGGCUGUAAAGAGGGGUACAUGCGCCGUAGGAGUAAAGGGAGCGGACAUCGUCGUGCUGGGAUGCGAGAAGCGGUCGGCAAUGAAGCUUCAAGAUACCCGUAUUACUCCUUCGAAGAUCUGCCUUGUCGAUAAUCACGUCGCCCUUGCAUUCGCCGGACUCAACGCCGAUGCCCGCAUCCUUGUCGACAAGGCCCGCCUAGAAGCACAAUCACAUCGUUUGACGGUCGAGGAUCCUGUGUCAAUAGAGUACAUUACAAAAUAUGUUGCAGGCGUCCAGCAGAGAUACACACAGAGUGGUGGUGUCCGGCCGUUUGGCAUCAGCACACUCAUCGUUGGGUUUGAUCCCAAUGACAAGACACCCCGCUUGUACCAGACUGAGCCCUCGGGUAUCUACUCUGCAUGGAAGGCGAACGCAAUCGGCCGAUCUAGCAAAACGGUUCGCGAGUUCCUCGAACGCAAUCACAAGCCCGAUAUGGAUCGGGAGGAGACAAUCAAGCUGACUGUGAAGUCGCUGUUGGAGGUGGUGCAGACAGGCGCCAAGAACAUUGAGAUCGCGAUCAUGGCCCCAGGAAAGCCCAUUGAGAUGCUACCCGUUGAGGAUAUCGAGAAGUACGUUGAGAACAUCAACACAGAGAAGCAGGAGGAGCAGCAGAACAAACCUGGCCGUAGGCCUGGUACAGGAACAGCAGCAAUUCUCACGCGGCCAACUGGUGAGGGUUCGGGUCCAGGAGCAUAGAGGAGGACGGAUCAAACGACAGGCGCAAAGCAUGCAGGAUUGGAAUCUUGUGGUAUACGCCUUUCACAGGACCAUAUACAAAGAUGAUUGAGGGAGGUAUGCAAUAUUCGGCGCAGCUUGCCCGCUUACUCCUGCAUACUCCGUGCUAUGGAUAGAUAGACAGCCGAGAACCCGAGGAACGCCAAUAAUGCCAAACAUGAUGCCAAAUACUUUUA